AUGGUCGAGUUUUCGAAAGUCAAUGUUAAGGACUUCGAAGACGACGACGAAGAAGAAGAGGCCGGCGAGGAAGUUGAAUCAGCGCCACCGCUGGAAGUCGGACAAGAGAGAGAAAUUAGCUCAAAUGGUCUCAAGAAAAUGCUCAUCAAGUGCGGCCUUAACUGGGAGACCCCUCAGUUCGGCGAUGAAGUUACCAUUCACUACGUGGCGAGUUUGCUAGACGGCAGCAAGUUCCUGUCAACGAGAGAUAGCAACAAGCCGAUUACUCUCAAGGUUGGACAUGGAGAUAUACUUCAUGGAUUGGAUCGUGGAAUUGUUACAAUGACCAAAGGAGAAAUUUCAAUGUUCACAUUGCCUCCAGAAAUAGCAUAUGGAGCAGUAGGGAUGAAAGGCGUUCCCCCAAAUUCCAUUGUUCAGUUUGAAGUUGAGCUCUUAUCAUGGAUUACAGUGGUCGAUAUCUUCAGGGAUGGUGGGAUCGUUAAACGGGUUCUUGAGAAUGGAGAACAGAUUGGGCCUCCCGGUGACCUAGACGAAGUUCGAGUUAAAUACAAGGCAAUGCUAUAUGACGACACAGUUGUUGCAAAAACACCAGAAGAGGGCGUGGAGUUUUAUGUUAAGGACGGCAACUUUUGUUCGGCAUUGGCCAAAGCAGUUAAGACCAUGAAGAGAGGGGAGAGAGUCAAUUUAAUUGUGCAGCCACAGUAUGCUUUUGGGAAGGAGGGUAGGAAGCCAAUCGAUGAUUUUCCUUCUAUCCCGCCUGAUUCUGUUGUGAGCAUUUUUCUGGAGCUACUCUCAUUUAAGUCAGUUGUAGAUAUCACCGGUGAUUUAAAGGUAACAAAGAAAGUUCUAAAAGAGGGUGAGGGCAAUAUCACAGCAAAUGAUGGUGCUCUAGUUACUAUUAGGUAUAAGGCUAUGUUAGAGGAUGGCACCGUGUUUGACAGGAAAGGUUUUGAUGGCGAGCAGCCUCUGCAGUUCAUCACAGAUGAAGAACAAGUGAUUGCUGGGCUUGAUCGAGCAGUAAGUACAAUGAAGAAAAACGAAUUUGCUUUAGUAACUAUAUCACCCGAAUAUGGAUAUGGGAGCAAUGAUGUAAAGCCGCCAGAUCUUCCCAUGAUUCAACCAUCUACAACAAUUAUAUACGAAGUUCAAAUGCUUGAUUUUAUCCGGGAAAAAGCACCUUGGGAGUUGAGUGCUCCAGAGAGGAUUGAGACAGCCGGCCGGAUGAAGGAAGAAGGAAAUCAACUCUUUAAAAGCGGAAAGUACAAAAGAGCUCUAAAGAAAUAUGAGAAGGCAGUUGAUUAUGCCAGCCAAGAUGGAAAUUUCACGGAUGAGGAUGAGAAAAUUCUGAAACCGCUGAGGGUUUCAUGCUGGUUGAAUUGUGCAGCUUGUUGCCUGAAACAGAAUAAUUUUGUCGAAACAAUCAGUCUUUGUUCGAAGAUCCUAGACAUAGAAUCUUGCAACGUGAAAGCUCUGUACAGAAGGGCUCAAGCUUAUAUAGGGGUCUCGGAAUUAAUUUCAGCUGAAGCUGACAUUAAGAAGGCUUUGGAAGUAGACCCCCAAGAGAGGGAGGUGAAGUUACUGCAGAAAAAUUUGAAACAGCUAGAGAUGGAGAGCAAUAAGAGAGAUGCAACGCUCUACAAAGCAAUGUUUUCAAAAAGGACUUCAGAUGAAAAUCCUGUUGGGGCAAAGAGAUUGAAAACAGCCUAG